CCAAAAGUACACUUAGCGUCUCUCUCAGCUCUCAGUCUCUGUCUCACUACUCACAAGUCACAAUUCACAAAACUCAAAAGCUCGGCCGUUGUUGUUGCUCACAAUCGCUCAAUUUUUGCUCAAAACUACUCAAUUUGGAGAGACGUAACGCUGCUCGGCUGUUGCUGCUCACAAUCGCUGCUCAACAGUGUUUGGUGAAUUUCCUCUUCGUGUAUGAAGAUCGAAGAAGAAAGUAGUCUGUACAGUUUUUACUAGCUAACCGUCGGCUCACGUGUCUGUGGCAUAUUUCAAUUAGCAGCUAACUAACUAAUUGACAACUGCUGCCAGUUCAUGCCAGCUAACUGAUCAACUAACUGCUGUAACUAAUUUAUACUAGCUAACCGUCGACUCAGGUGUCUGUGGUAUAUUUCAAUUAGCAGGUUCAGUCUUAUGUUUGCGAAGCUAAAUUUGAGGAUGCAUCAAAUGUCAUCUUAUCGGUGGUAGAGAAAUUUUGUUGAAAACUCAUAGACUUGAUUGGCUGCUCCAAAAAGAAACCUGUUCUUUUGAUGUGAUUAUGAGAGUGGAUAACUUCAUCUUCCCGGCUGACUUUGUCAUUCUGGACCGCAUUGGUUUCCUGGUCGACACUCUGCAAAACGAGGGAAAUGAACAAUGAAGAAAAACGAUUUAAUCAAGAGGAAGAGGAAGAGGAGGAGGAAAGUGGAAGAGGUCGAGAAGCAUGGGAAAGAACUUAUGCAGAUGAAAGAUCAUGGGAGUCUUUGCAAGAGGAUGAAUCAGGACUCCUUCGUCCAAUUGACAACAAAAGUCUAUCCCAUGCUCAAUAUCGACGGCGUCUCCGGACUGCAACUGCUGCACGAAUUCAGAAGGGUCUGAUUCGGUACCUCUACAUUAUCAUUGAUUUCUCCAGGGCAGCUGCAGAAAUGGAUUAUAAACCAAGCCGAAUGGUUGUAGUUGCCAGACAAGUGGAGGCAUUUAUAAGAGAAUUUUUUGACCAGAAUCCCCUGAGUCAAAUUGGCUUGGUAAUUUUGAAAGAUGGAGUAGCUCACUGCUUAACAGAUCUUGGUGGCAGCCCGGAGGCUCAUAUCAAAGCAUUGAUGGGUAAAUUGGGGACCUCAGGUGAUGCAUCCCUUCAGAAUGGCCUAGAUCUUGUGCGUGAUCUCCUAAAUCAAAUCCCAUCGUAUGGGCAUCGUGAAGUCCUUAUCUUGUAUUCAGCUCUUAGCACUUGUGAUCCAGGGGAUAUACUGGAAACCAUCCAAAAGUGCAAAGUGUCUAAGAUAAGGUGCUCAGUAAUUGGUCUGUCUGCAGAACUCUACAUAUGCAAGCAUCUCUGCCAAGAGACUGGUGGAAUGUAUUUUGUUGCAUUGGAUGAGCCUCAUUUAAAAGAGUUGGUAUUGGAGCAUGCUCCACCUCCUCCAGCUAUUGCAGAGUUUGCUGUUGCAAAUUUGAUCAAGAUGGGGUUCCCCCAAAGAGCAGCGGAGGGUGUCAUUUCAAUUUGUUCAUGUCAUAAAGAGGCUAAAGUUUGUGGUGGAUACACUUGUCCGAGAUGCAAAGCGCGUAUAUGUGAGCUGCCUACUGAGUGCUGCAUCUGCGGCCUGACCCUUGUUUCUUCUCCACAUUUGGCAAGGUCAUAUCACCAUCUCUUCCCAAUAAGGCCAUUUGAUGACGUUUCGCCGUUGGUUCUGAAAGAUUUUCACAAGUUACCUAAGAAUUGCUUUGGUUGCCAAUUAAGUCUCCUAAAUCCUGGAAAUUUUCCAGGUCCCCAGGUUGCUUGUCCAAACUGCAAACAACACUUCUGCCUUGAUUGUGAUAUUUAUAUACAUGAGAGCUUGCACAAUUGUCCAGGUUGUGAGAGCUUAAGGAAUGCCAAGACUAUUAGUGAUAUGGAACAAUGAUAAACAUCUGUUUCUGAAGUGGUUUAUUCCUCGAAUGGAACAAGCUAAAUGGCAAAAUGUAAUGUUAGAUGCAGCCAAGCUGGCCACUUUAUUCCUCGAAUGGAACUACCAGAAAUCUUGUUUCACAGCAUGUCCUGAGGAAAAGUCAAGCUGGCCACUUUUAUAGGAAUCUUUAUUGUUGGACGCAGCCAAUUUCUAUGGAACAGCUAUGGGAAACGUAGUUACAGAUCUCAAAAGUGAAACUCCUAUUGUCUAAUUAAAAGUUCUUUUUUUUUUUUUCGGAGCAAUGCAGGAUUAUGGCAUGAUGUAUCAUAUAUGACACACUAUCAGAUUGUUGCUUCUUGCACCUUCGAAUUUUGACUUUAAAGAACAAAAAUGAAGACGUGAUGAGAUCUCUGUUUA